AUGGGGGCUGGAGCGAGUGCUGAGGAGAAACGCUCCAGAGAGCUGGAGAAGAAGCUGAAGGAGGAUGCUGACAAGGAUGCAAGAACUGUCAAGCUGCUGCUGCUAGGUGCAGGAGAAUCAGGCAAAAGCACCAUUGUCAAACAGAUGAAAAUUAUCCACAAAGAUGGUUACUCACUUGAAGAGUGCCUGGAGUUUGUUACCAUCAUCUACAGUAACACCCUGCAGUCCAUAAUGGCCAUUGUCAAAGCCAUGAACACACUUAAUAUUAGCUACGGCCACCAUGAUCAGCAGGACGAUGCCAGGAAACUUGUGCACCUUGCAGACACUAUUGAGGAAGGCACCAUGCCUAAAGAGUUGUCAGACAUCAUUUUGCGCCUGUGGAAGGACUCCGGCAUUCAGGCGUGCUUUGACAGGGCCUCCGAAUACCAACUCAAUGACUCCGCUGGAUACUACCUAAAUGACUUGGAGCGCCUGAUCCAACCAGGCUAUGUACCCACUGAACAGGACGUGCUGCGAUCAAGAGUGAAGACCACUGGCAUCAUCGAGACCCAGUUUUCCUUCAAAGAUCUGAAUUUCAGAAUGUUUGAUGUGGGUGGCCAGAGGUCAGAGAGGAAGAAGUGGAUUCACUGUUUCGAAGGUGUGACCUGUAUCAUUUUCAUCGCUGCGUUGAGUGCCUAUGACAUGGUGCUUGUGGAAGAUGAUGAAGUGAAUCGAAUGCACGAGAGUCUGCACUUGUUCAACAGCAUCUGCAACCACCGCUACUUUGCCACCACCUCCAUUGUACUCUUCCUCAACAAGAAAGAUGUGUUCCUUGAGAAGAUCAAGAAAGCUCAUCUCAGCAUGUGCUUUCCUGAAUAUGAUGGACCCAAUACUUAUGAGGAUGCUGGUAACUACAUCAAAGUGCAGUUUUUGGACCUGAACCUGCGCAGAGAUGUCAAAGAAGUCUACUCUCACAUGACGUGCGCCACAGACACAGAAAAUGUCAAAUUUGUGUUUGAUGCUGUAACUGACAUUAUCAUCAAAGAAAACCUGAAAGAUUGUGGCCUCUUUUAAGAGCUAUGCCGAGGAAUGCAAAGAAGGGUGCUGUUGUUGCUCUGUCACAUUUUACAAACUUCUCUUCAAGUCAAACUGAGGAGCCAAGAUGAGAAACUGUCCCCUAAAAUAACCACACUCGAAUGCAAAUAAUAACAGUGAAUUUGUCACGUUCACAGGCUUCGGGUCACGUGAGACCAGGCGACCAGAAACUCUUAAAUCAGACAACCUUGUGCAGAUUUCAGAUGAGUUGAAUUUUAGUCAAGCUAACCUUUCUUUUGAGUCUGUUGAACUUGUCUUUGGAGGGCUAUGCAAUCUGUAGUCAACACAUCAAAAGCUUCUGUCAGCAUAAAGUGAUUUAUUCUCACAUGUACUAAUAUGAUUAAAUGUCAGGCUAAUGCAUGAUCUCUAUGCUUCAGUAACUGGUCAGUAUACAGCCAAAAAGUAAACAC